GCUCUACUCCAAAACUCGAAGAAUAUAGAAAAGAACUACUGCCGAUAAUGCAUCAAGUACAAAGUUUGACAAAACGUUCAAUAAGAGAUUAUACUCAUUUUUUGGGGUUUUAUCCUAGUUCUUUACCACCAUUUUCAACUAGUGAUGAAGGUACAUCCAAAGCCAGCACACCUAUUGCGUCACGAGAUUCGUCGCCAGUAAGAUCAUUUAAAGAAAAAGAUGAUAAUUUAAACCCAUCUAUUAAUAUUACAGACCAACAGGUUGAUACAAAAACAACAGAUAAAAGCCGUAAACCUGUGGAAAAGGAAGCCAACUUACCUUCUGAAGUUGGAACCCUUAACUAUGUACUUAUCGGUGACCUUCACACCGGUGCUUUAUGGCAUGCUCGUAUCUCAGAAAUGCACGAAUGCAUUGAAGGUUAUCCAGUCUUUCUUCCAGCGCGAUCGAUGGCGCAAGCAGAUUACAUGGAGGUUUUGGAACGUGUUAAAAAAGCAAAUAGUCUGGCACAACAUGAAAAAUUGAAAGAGUUGGUAGAAAUAGUAAAGCAAAAAGAGAAGGAAAGGGAGGAGAAAGAACGAGAGUGGAUGGAGAAACAUCAGCAUACUAAAAUGCUUUUAGCUUCUGCAGAAGAUGACAAAGAUAUGAUAGAAGGAAAGAAACUUUCAGUAAAAAUUGGGAAAAAAACCAAAAAUACUACGCACAAUAAAAAUGGAAACUCUGUUACUCCAGUUAUUGGUAUUGAUGGUCAGAGACAUCAUCCAUGCUGUCCUCUCGCACCUGGAAAUCAUUCAUCUUCUAAAGAAAAUAACUACAAUCAUAAUCAUACCUCAUCAAUUCCUCCCUCCGCUACUUCUAAUAAUAGUAGUUCCGGUGGUAAUUCUAAUGGUAAUUCUCAUAGUACUGCAGGCGCCAACACCGGCGGUAAUGCAGGAUUUAAAACUGAUGUUGAAAAAAUUGCUCAAAAAUGUGGAACAGUGCCUUCAUCCCUUCCAGAGAUUCUUCAAGAUGAAGAAACUGCCCGCAUUGUUUAUCGUGCUAUGAAAGAGAGUUUAUUUCCUGAUGAUCCGGCAUUAGUAAUUAAAUGGGAUGAUAAAGGAUUUAAUGAUGUACCAACGGUUCCGGGCUGUCGUAAUGGUAUAGCCGGUCAGACAAAGGCCGCUCUAAUUACUCACCUCGUGACAAAUGGUGCGGUUGAUGUUUACGGAUUAAAUUUAGUUUACAUGUUUAGAAGUCAGAAUGCAUAUAGCCAGUGUGAAGAUACAAUUCCUGCAUG